CGAGCCGUGGACCAGUCACCGCCGAGCGCGCGUCUAGGACGCCCGCGUCACAGUCUUCCCCACAUUUCGCUCGCGCCUGCUCCCGAUAUUAUAAACGAAAGAUAAUUAACAAAGCUUCAUUACGUGUGUUCUGUGCCCCGAACUGGAUUUGGACGUGACUGUGCCAUUAUUAAGAGGCGUUUUUCGUUGACUUAUUCGGUUUUCAGUUGUAGUGGAUGUCGUCUUUUUUGGCUGAAUGGACGUUAAUUGAAAAAAACUCAUUUGUACAUGGAUAAAUGGAUAUGCGCUGGAGAGGCUUUACUCGUGGCUUGCACUCAUGAUUUGACGUAACGGCACAUCAUAACAGCAAACUGAGCUGCCUACACUUAGUUCCGGUGGAGUACGCAUGAGAUGUUAUGGGCCCGCGCGGCGUAGCGAAGUGGCGUUGGUGGGUGGUGGUGGUGGCAUGGGCGUGGGGCGCGGCAGCGCGCACGCUGUGCCCGGCGCGUUGCGCCUGCGACGAUGCUCUGCGCACCGCCUCCUGCGCCAACGCCAGCCUCGAGAUUGUUCCAAUACAACUCAACCCCGAGGCUACCCACAUCAACCUUACGCACAACUCCAUCAACAAUCUUCUCUACACCUUCGCUUUCUACACACAAAUCACCAUCCUAGAUAUCUCUUACAACAGAUUACAGGACUUAGGUAGUAAGAACUUUGAAAGCAAUAUUGAGAUGACACAACUGAAUGUGAGCCAUAAUAGACUGAAGCGACUAGAAAGGGAUACCUUCGUCGGCUUGAAAAAACUGAUCGACUUGAACUUGUCAGAUAAUGAAAUACGUAAUGUACACGCACAAACAUUUCAAGAUUUAUCUAUGUUGGAGAGACUCGAUUUGUCAAACAACGGACUGGAGACUUUCGAUCCGGAUACUUUUGAACCUCUGUCUUCGUUGAAGAUCUUAUCGCUUAAAAAUAAUUCCAUAUUAGACAUACCAUCUAUCAAUUUGUUCUACGUUGUUAAGUUACAAUACUUAGAUUUAUCUGAGAACCUCAUACAACAGGUGCCCAAGCAUAGUAUGCCAUAUUUAAAAGAAUUAAGUCAUUUAGACUUAAAUAGUAACAUAAUUGGCAACAUAGAUCCAUUGGGAUUCCACAACUUACCCGCACUUCGCCACUUGGACUUGAGCGAUAACAACAUGACAACGAUACCCACAUCCGCUCUUUCCAAACUAGUAAACUUGUCGCAUUUGUACCUUAGUGGGAACUUCUUCCAAAGCGUUCCACCCUUAUCUUUCCAAAACCUUUUCCAUCUGAAACAUUUACAUUUGAGCAGGCUUUAUGAGCUCAAAACGAUUGAUUCGAGGGCAUUUGUUGACAACAUAAAUCUGCAGAAAAUUUGGAUGAAUGAAAACGUGAAGAUGAGUGAAUUGCCACCGAGAUUGUUUCACGGAAACCCAAAACUCACGCAUGUGUACAUGAAGAACAAUGCCCUAGAAAUACUAGAAGCAUCACAUUUUCCUAUUGACAGGCUUCAAGAACUAGAGAUAUCAGGAAAUCUAUUUAUCUGUAAUUGCUCAUUGUUGUGGUUGUGGAAACUAGGAACAGAGUGCGAAGUUAGUAGCAAAAAGUCGGGCAAUGCGAGUGCUAUGCUUACGCUAGAUUAUGAUGAUAUUAAAUGCGCAGGCCCGGGGCCAUUGAAGGGUGUUUUAUUUGUACAGAUUCCUGAAUCUGAAUUUGGGUGCUCAAGCGGAUGGGUGAUAGUGGCAGUUGUGGUGCUGAUUGUGAGUAUCAUUAUAAGCGUCGUAGGAGGUGUUUUAUACUUUUUGGGACCUUUGAAAAAGUGCAAAGGGGACAAGUCAAAGCAAGUUAUGACUAGUGUCAUGUUAAACGGUGAUGUGUCAAAGUUAAGCAAUGGACUUGGCUAUUCAACGAGGAGUAGGGAACAAGAAAAUAAGAGGGACACCGAUCGGUAUCUGAUGAUCGGUUCCUCAGUGACUAAUAACUUUCAUUCAUUGAAUCCACCGUGGCAUAGUGUGGAUAAGAAUCCAUAUUACCAAGAAGAUAGUGAGGAGCAUAUUUACCAACAAUUCGCUUACGAAACGAUCCCCCACCAUCGGACCCCCGAAAAGCCGCACAUAGUGUACGUCUAACAAAAGUUUCGUGCAAAGGACAAUAUUAUCACCAAAAUAUUUUCUUUGCUACAUCGAGAGGUAAUUAGUGAUACCGUGUAUUAUCGUCACGAAGACGAGAGACAAUGAAUCUGCAAUAUUGUAAAUAGGGAUACGACUAAAAUUGUAAGAUGUGAUAGCUUUGUAAAUAGACGUGUAAAUAGUUAAUUUAGCAGUGCCGAUAAAGACAUUACCCUCGUUUUGUACUUAACUCCUUUAAUCAUGUUAAUCCUAAAACCCAUUUAAAUAUGCCUAACCUAAUAGAGUAAACACUAUGUCUUUGUUUUGUUUUGUAUGGAUAGUUCCUCAGGAUUGAGUACUCAUUCAUUGUUAAGUGCGUUACAAAUUGUUUGAGAUAUUCAAUGCUAAAUAAAUAUUUACUCAUAA